AUGCCCUCCCUCCCUCUCCCUCCUGGCUGUUCCAUCGACUGUACACUUUACACCCCCACCCCCUGCGCGCACAUCGACCGCUCCCUGCGUGCGCUCUGGCAAUUUUCACCGCGGGUUUCCCCUUCCAAACGCGCCCCCUCCCCGAGAGUAAUGAAUGGCGGCCCCUCGCGGCUCCCAUUAAAGAGGCAGCCAUUACGGGUGGAGCGUGGAGAGGCCGCGCCUGCCCUGCCAGCUCCAGUGCCACCCCGCCUCGCCUCAUCGCGCUGCCAGUGCCCUCCCCCCACCGCCGCCACCACCGGGGCGGCCUCGUAA